GAGAGAGCCCCAUGCUCCGGGGCCCCAGUACCGUUCAAAGAUGCAGACUACCGGGACGCUGCGUGGUACCAGGGCCAUCUCCCUUUUAGCACUCCUGGUACCACUCAUUGGCUAUGCCCAUUCGAGUCCCCUUCAAUAUUUGCCCAGCAUUCCGGGAUACGUUCCUGUUUAUAUAAGAUACGGAGAUGAACCAUUGGAGGAAAUAAAUCCUGAUUUGGCCGAGGCUUUCGGGGAAACAUCGAAUUCGAUUAAGAAUUUGCAAAAGUUGGACACGCUCGUUCGCGAAUCGGGCAGCUUUAAAGAUGACGACAUAGACGCGUUUCUGGAAGAGUCAAAGAAGCAUACGUAUCCGUUGCACGUGCGACAAACGGAGAGCCGAUCGUUCGCCAGUGUCAACGACGAAUCAGGAAGCGGGAACCCUAAUAAACCAAAGUUGCUAACCAUCUAUGAACUACCCGAUGAUAAUGAGGGCAGACGCAGACGUAAUCGGGAGAGAGCCAGGAUGAGAAACCACCACCAGCCCUCGAAACCACCCGCGUUUAAGGUCAGUCCACUUUCCGAGCCAGAGAAGGAGGAGCUGAGAAAACUAGCGAUUGAAGUUGAAAAGGAAGAGACCAAACCGAACGAACUCUACGUGCCGAGUUCCAAGUAUACCGAACCACUUGGAAGCAUUCACAAUCGACAUAACGUUCGCAAUUUCGGUGUACCCAUAAAAGUACAGAAUCCCUUUGACGAGUCCUCGAUGAAUAUACCUGAAAUUCCUCAAGCCGACUUUUCGAGACCUUCGGAUGAACACGAUAUUGCUAUACCUGAAGCUGACAAAAAAGGACCAUCCAUAGUUAAGGAACAGCGGCCAGCUACAAUUCUAUCAAAUAUAGAUAAACUGUCGCCCAUCGAUCUUCCAGAUGAAAAUAAAACCAGUGGGGAUAUUACAUCUGAAGCUGCUACGCCGAAACGUACGUCUGUCGCGGAAACAAACUCGUCAGAAACUCCUCAAGUUAUAGAUCUUUUAGAAGCCUCGCGUAAUCACGAUGUUGCAUCUGAUGCUGAGAAAAAAAAACCGCCUACGAAAGUGCAGCGUCCAGCAACGAUCUUGUCAAAUGUAGAUAAACUUUCACCUAUUGACUUGCCAGAUGAGAGCGACAUCAGUGAAGAUAAUAAAAGGAAAGACUCUGCAGAACCAAAUGACGAAAUUACAAUGGAUUAGAUAAUCAUUUUUUAGAGUAAAGUCUUUUGUAACUUAUUUGUAGUGAUACUGGCCAAGGACCACCAGCGUUGAUUUUUAGUUAAAAAUUCUUUGGAAUUUGAUAUUGCGAAUUUUUCUAGAUAAACAAUUCAUGAAAAAUAUUUGUUGCAAUGUGUAAAUUUUGAAUAUUAUACGAUAUAAUAAUUAACUUUAGCUAGCUAAAAUUGAUUUCCAAUUAUGUCAUAGUUAUGUGCUUUGCGUGAAAUUUGCCGCAGAGAAUUUAAAAAUAAGAAAAAAUGUGAUGAGUUAUGGAUACCUUGUAUUAUAUUAUAAACUAAGCAACAAGCACCAAGCUAAGCCACUUCCAUAAAAGAGAAACGAGAUCCUACGAUUCUAAUUUUACUAUUUAUGAAAAAUGAGAUGACUAUUUAUGAAGAAUAUUUCAUUGCACAGUAAAUAUUACAGUCUUCUUGGUGUUAUAUUAAUAGUGUAGCUGUUACACUGCUUUCGAGCUUAUAAAAUUUGUUUACGCAUUGUAAAUGAUGUUAAUAACAUCGUGUAAAGUUAUUUUGACAUAUUUCUAAUAAAAUAAUUCUAA